CGCAAGGAGAGAAAGGGAGAGGGUUCGGUCACUGUUUGUUAGGGUUUCGUUCGCCAUUAGCCUCCUCGCUUCGGCUCUGCUCCUCGUCGACGUGAGCGGGAGGGACCGCAAGGCGUUUCCUUUGUGUUGCAUUGUCGGAGAGAGCGAGCGAGGAGAACGAUGGCGGCGACUUCGAAGGUUUUCCUGGGUUUGGUGGCCAUUGUGGCUUUCAUCGUUGCGGUCGCCUUGCCGGCUGUUCAGGCCCAGGCCCCGGCUCCCGCCCCUGCCAGUGAUGGGACAUCAAUUGACCAAGGCAUUGCCUAUCUACUGAUGAUGGUGGCUCUGGUCCUCACCUACCUCAUCCACCCCCUGGAUGCCUCCUCCCUCUACAAGCUCUUCUAGAUCCUCUGCACCGAGCAAUGAAGAAGGUUGAUGUUGGGAGAGGCCUGGGGACGAUGGUAUUACUGUAUUCUUGUUGUGGUUCUUCUUUUGUUGCUUUGUAUGCAUGUGGACUGGUCAGGGAGUGGGAUCUGGACCUGUGGUUGGAUCUUUCUUUUGUAGUAGUUGAAUUGCUUUGAGUAGCAGCUUUGUUAUUGCAAAUUUUUUUGACGGUGCCUUUUUAUUAUUUUCAAUGCCAUCAAAAGAUCGUUGUUCUUGUAGUCA